AUGCUACAGAUUUUGUUAUCUAUCGUCUGUUGUCUUUUAACUUGGAUUCCUGUUUUUGCAAACCAACAUGGCGGUUACACUGUGUCUGUUUACCAACCAAGAAUGGUUAAUAACGUGUCGUCGUUUGUAAGCCGGGAAGAGGCAGUAGCUCAUAUGAGUCGCCAUAUUGACGAAUAUGAACUUCAAGCCGAAGAAGCCGCGAGACGAAAAUCUCAGAUCUUGGUUUUUCCAGAGUACUGCCUUUACGCAGAUAUUGAUGAUUUCACUCGUGAUUCAGUCGCAAACUUUUUGGAGACAAUACCAGACCCGGAGGUAAAUUUCCCCUGGACUCCGUGCGACCUCAAAAACACGACAGAUGACAUAACAAUCCAGAGAAAAUUCAGCUGUAUGGCGAAGAAGAACAAACUGUAUAUCGUAGCCAACGUUGGAGAACGUGAAACCUGCAACCGAACUCUCGAUUCGCGUUGCCCAUUAGAUGGGCGAUACCAAUUCAACACUAAUGUUGUUUAUGCUCCUAAUGGUACACUUGUGUCCCGGUAUCGCAAGAAGCACCUCUUUUACGAGCCUUAUUUCAACGAACCGGCUGUUGCAGAACAUAAAGUCUUUGAAACCCCAUUUGGACGAUUUGCUAGUAUUACUUGCUUUGAUAUUUACUACGAAGACACCCUUAAUGAUCUUAUUCACUAUAAAAAUGUUCGAAAUAUAAUUUUCCCUAAUUUGUGGUUUAGUCUAUCUCCUUUAUUUAUAUCUGUUCCUUACCAUGCUUCCGUCGCUUGGAUGGCCAACAUUAACCUUAUCUCGUCGAACCUCAUUUUAGACAUUCCCAGUAGAGUGUCUCCCUUAACUGGCGGGAGCGGCUUCUAUAGCGGCACAUCUGGAUUUUCCUACUCCAGUAAUCCGGGCUUGUUGACAAUAAAUAUGACAAAUAUAAAUCCUUGUGCUACUUCUAAUUAUGCAGUGGUUCCCAAACGGGUCACUCCAGCUCAAGGAAACCAAAAAAUAAUUACUUAUUUCGUAGGUAACAUGGAUAUAAACGCAGUCCAGCUUGAAGGCAAAGCAGGAAAUAUUAGCGUCUGCUAUGGUGAUUUCUGUUGUGGGUUGGAAUACGAAUUCACACCUGAGCCGCAUCCUUCAGUGGCAUAUUGGCUGGGAGCGACCGAUUUCGCCGACGGGAGCAGACAAUACGACGCGCAAGCGUGCUCGUUGUGUACAGUGGUUUUAAGUAAGAUGGUCUGUGAAAGUCUCCCUGCUGAUCCGAACGUGAAAUUUGCCCGGUUUAAACGAAUCCGAAUGUUUGCUAAUGAAUUUAAGACGACAUUUGUGUACCCCCAGGUAACGCUGAUGAAUAACAUGUCGUAUCAAGUGCUUAACCCAAACGUAUAUUACAACAGAGGCGAAAUAAAGCUCGUGAAAACCGCGCCUUUGCAUUCUAUGACUCUACUGGGUCGUAUCUACCCACCGCACGUAUCUAGCACUUCUCGAAUUGUUAUUCCUACUGCCUUGGUGAUAGGGAUUAUCUUCUUUCUUUCUUUCUUUCUUUCUUUCUUAUUAUCUUCUUUCUUUCUUUUUCCCAUUCAUUAUUUUCUUUCUUAUUCAAUUUCUUCUUUCUCAUUCAUUAUUUUCUUUCUUUCCUUCUCAUUCAUUAAUUUUUCUUAUCCAUUAUCUUCUUUCUUUCUUUCUUUCUUUCUUUCUUUCUCAUUCAUUAUUUUCUUUCUUAUUCAAUUUCUUAAUUAUCAAAGAUGA